AAAAUUAUACACAUGUAUUUAAAAUAGCAUAUCCGAAGUUUACAUUUGUGCCUAACCUUCCACACGGCUAUAAUUAUUAAAUGUUUUAUUGUAAGAAUUAUUCUUUGUAAAUUAUGGAUGAUUCGAAUCAAGUUCUGACUUUGUAUGUAAACUGGCUGAAUUAUUCCUUAAAAUAAUUGCUAUUGAAAAUAUGUUAUGUCUAGUGUUUUGGGAAACCCUUGAAAUUCACCGAAGUACGUAGACAUUUACGUUGUCAGGUCAAAUUAGACAUGUUUAUAUUUAGACAUGUUACUACCGUGUGUAUAUAAAGGUGAUUUAAAACGAACAUUAAAACAAUUGUGUUUGUACAGUUAACAUAGCUUGAUAAACAAAACAAAUGCAAGCAUUUCUAUUAAAAUGUGUUGUCGUUGGAGAUGGGGGUGUGGGAAAGACUUGUCUGCUAAUGUCGUAUUCACAAGAUGCAUUUCCAGGAGAAUAUAUACCAACAGUGUAUGAUUAUUAUCAAACUAAUGUCAGAGUAGAUGGAAGAUUUUGUUGCCUUAGUUUAUUGGACACUUCAGGCCAACACGAGUAUGACAGAUUACGGCCAUUAUCUUAUCCAAAAACGGAUGUUUUUCUGGUAUGUUUUUCUCUUGUUGCAACGGACAGUUACGAAAACGUUGAAAAACAGUGGUAUCCAGAGAUUAAACACCAUUGUCCAGACACACCAGUUGUAUUAAUUGGAACAAAAAUGGACUUAAGGGACGGCAGUAAGGAACAGGAAAAUGUAUUAAAGACAGCUAUUUCCUUUGUUGAGGGUAGAAGUCUUGCACAGAAAAUUAAUGCAGUGAAGUAUGUAGAAUGCUCUGCGAGGACCGGCAAGAAUACAAAACUAGUUUUUGAUGAGGCGAUACGAGCCUGCUUUAUUCCACAGAGACAGAAAAGAAGAAGUAAAUGUAAACUUAUAUGAAGACAAACUAUGGUCAUGUAUUGUAACAUAUAAACAUUUUCAUUUCCAUGUUUAAACAUAAACAAAAGAAAUACACCUCCACAAUAGUUGGAGGCACCGUAUAACUUUAAAUAAAAAUUUGUAUCAAUAAAUCAAGUGUACAACAACUUUUCAUGGCCUAUUCGCAUUUUAUCUGCCGCUGGGCAUAUUAGAAACAGCGAUGUUGAACUGUGCAGAAGACGAAGUAACAGGAAACGCUUUUCACAACGUUAUAUUUGUAUGUAGAAUGUGAUAAAAUAGCAGUGUAAUAUGUCAUAUAUGUGAUGACGUUAUAACUUUUAAAGUUACAUGUGUUUAGUAAGGGACUCGAGAAUUCAGUGUAAGUUGUAGUACUGACAAUCAGUUAUUCUUGAAAAUUAAUGACGAAUAAGUUCAUGUAAGUGAAUAGUCCAGUAAACUAUGCGAACACCAUAACAAUUGUGUCUCUUAAAUAUUCGUAAUUCUAAGGCUUCUGCUCUGUUUGUAUUCCGGGCCAUCAUGUGAUUGCCAUGCCUAUUUCUCUCUCUUACCGUUCUUUUCUGUGUGUCUGCCAAAUUUAUAAGGACUAAUCGGAAUGCGUAUCUUUUGACAUUGGUUCUAACACGAAACGAACAGCUGUUAAAUAUAUUAAAACCGCAGUACCAUGUCGGUCAACUGAACUCUUUGAUAAUAGGAAUUUAUCAAAGUUGCAGUCUUGAUUCAAUGUUGUUAUAUUUUCUAUGCCUCACUGCUCAUGAAGUCCAUUCAAUAUCUGUGCUUCAGCUUCAGUCUGUGCAAGGAGGCGUAAAGUUCAGCUUACGCCUUUGCUAACGGGCGUGAGGGGUGUUUCAAUUUUCAUUAGCUCUCAUGAUCAGACUCAAUCAAACCGAACCUGCAAUUGUGUUGCUUGGGUGCAUUGGAAAGGAACUUCUUACAGAUUUUUACAACGUGAUUACUGGCUCUAGGAAAUCUAAGAUCUGAAAUAUGAACCCAAAAAGAUAAUACACAGAGUGCAUCUCCACAACCAAAAGCAGGGCGCACCACCCGUUUAUCAAUCUUUUCCGCCUUGUUCGCCAUUUUAGCCAGCCUGUUUUUUUUGUCUUGUAUAUCAGCGGGAUAUAAUUCACAGCUUUAUUCCCUGCCUUGCUUCCUUUUCAAGUUCCACAUGUGCCACAAUUAAGGCCGAUCACGUAACUUUUACAGUGCAUCAAGUGGAAAAACUUCGACGCGGCCAGAAAACAUUAUAACUCCACACAUCAACCUAUCGAAAUAAUAAUACUGCCAACAAAGCCGUACCGCUAAAGUUCCUGCCAUCGGUCAAAUCAAUGAAUAAAAAAGCAUCCAACAAUUUUGCAAGAUAAACAUAUGAUAAUUUGAUGUGUCUAGAGCAAUGUUCGAGUAAAACAGUCGUCAAGUGAUAUUCUGUCUCGCUCAUUAUGUCAAUUAGACUCCAUUUCUAUAGUUUAAAGCAAAAAAUCCCAAUUGAAAGGAUUUUUAAUUAUCUGAACAAAAUUCUAUUAUUCUCAAAUAAAACCAAACAAAUUUUCAGAAAAAAAAAACAACCGUUACUGUUUUAGUAACAUGGCCGUUUGCACCUCGGCAAAAAUUAAAUGAUGACAUAUUGUAUUUUAGUAAGAAAACACCAUUCACAAUACAUACAUGCAUUAACAUUUUUAAAUAAAGUACACCCAUUGAAAAAAGAAAACCGUAAAAACUGGUUGACAGAAAAUCCUUGCAUCAUUAAAAUCCAAUUUCACGUAUUUGCGCGAGCCAUAUUCUUCUUUCGACAAUUUGACUGUUGUUUUGCUUGCAAUCCUGAAACUUACCAAGUGUAAACAUAAAUUUAAACACGUCGAAUAAAGUUGAACAUUUCUGCCUGUAAAUAAUUAUAAUGUAUGUUUAGACCUCAGCAACUUAAAGAAUAUUAUCUCUUUUAUUAACUGCCUCAUGUACUACUCGGGUAUUUACAGGCUUAUAAAUCAAUUAGCUUGCUCUGUUACAUUUGAGAAAACAAUGGAAACUGCUUCUUAUAUAAUAGUUAUAACAAGUGAAUGAAGUAUUCACAUGCAAUACAAAGUCCCCUACUGGAGGGCACCUAAUUUUCUCUACUGCAGUAUAACUUAAGGAACUGAUAUCUGUCAAUAAUGUAUAAACAAUAUUGUACUAUAUAUACAAUAUG